AGUAGUUUUCACAAAUUUCACCAGAGGCACAUGAGAAGAACGAGUCGUAUUUCAAGUUUCCCGACCCAACGCACGUUUUAAAUGAUUAUCAUCACUAUCGGGCUCCUUCGGAACUUGCUGAUGAUCAGAUACAACGAUAAACACAGGAUUGAUGUUCAGAUGAAGGCUCGCCCGGGUGACUUUUGUUGUCAUCCUUUGUUGUGAUGGCAACUCUCCACGUCACCUCAUUCAUCCUUCUUCUGUUUCUCUCAUCGUUUGCUUUUUUACUUCUGACCCAUCUGCCUUCUGUCGCUCCGUCGUUUCCUUUUCCCCAUUCGACUUCGUCGCCAUCCUGCGGUCCAGGUCAGUCAUGGGCUGUCUGCCUCCAUGCUGACCCGUAUCUUGCGGAAUCUGAGGAACUUGAUGUAAUUGCCAACCAGGUGGCAGAACAGGCUGGGCUGCACAACCAAGGUCAGAUUGGACAGCUCAAGGGCCACUACAUGCUGUGUUCUUCUCAACUUGAUGCUAAUAUUUGGAGGAAUAACCCCCAAGCUUCGAAUGUGCUGGCAAACCACCCUAAUGUCCUUUGGUACUCCCAAGAGAGGAUACUCAGCCGUUCGAAAAGAUCUAUGGCUUUUAAUGACCCUCACUACCCUAAACAGUGGCACCUGCACAAUCAUGUUAAUAAGGACAUGGACAUCAACGUGACGGGAAUUUGGGAGCGCAACAUUACCGGCCAAGGGGUCACCGUGGUGGUGGUAGACGACGGGGUGCAACACACCCAUCAAGAUAUAAGAGCCAAUUAUAGUCCCGAGGGCAGCUAUGAUCUGAACUCCAAUGACCCAGACCCUAUGCCCCACUCUGACGUGCACAACGACAACCACCACGGUACUCGAUGUGCCGGCGAGAUCGCUGCAGUUCCGAACAACAGCUUUUGUGCCGUGGGUGUGGCGUAUGGCAGUAAGGUGGCAGGUAUAAGGGUCCUGGACGGCCCCCUGACAGAUAGCCUAGAGGCCAUAGCCUUCAACAAGCACUAUCAAAUCAACGACAUCUACAGCUGCAGUUGGGGUCCUGAUGAUGAUGGACACACUGUGGAUGGGCCCCACCCCUUGGGCAAAGCUGCACUUCAGCACGGCGUCAUCGCAGGAAGACGUGGCUUUGGAAGCGUCUUUGUGGUAGCCAGUGGCAAUGGAGGUCAAUACAAUGACAACUGCAAUUAUGAUGGUUAUGCCAACUCCAUCUACACGAUCACCAUUGGCGCUGUUGACGAGAAUGGCAGGAUGCCCUUUUAUGCCGAAGAGUGUGCUUCUAUGUUGGCUGUCACUUUCAGCAGUGGGGGGGACAAGCUGAGGAGCAUUGUAACAUCGGACUGGUUCAUGCACCAGGGGACAGGCUGCACUGAGCGCCACACCGGCACGUCUGCCGCCGCCCCCCUGGCGGCCGGUAUGGUGGCCCUCAUGCUUCAAGUCCGGCCUUGCCUCACUUGGAGGGACGUCCAGCACAUCAUCGCCUUCACUGCCACCAAGUGUGACAACAGUUCAGACUGGAGGGAGAACGGAGCAGGCUUCCAUCACAGUCAUCAACAUGGUUUUGGGCUCCUCAACGCAUGGAAACUUGUCAAUGCAGCCAAGGUAUGGGAGUCAGUGCCAUUUCUGGUGUCCUAUCAGAGCUCAGUCAUAGGGGAGAAAGUGUCCAUUCCAUCAUAUCCCGAGGAGAUGCUCCGCACCUGGACAGUCACUACUGCUGACUUGGCGCUGUCCGGGAUGCAGACACUGGAGCAUGUAGCCGUUACCGUGACAAUCACCCACCCGUGUCGUGGCAACCUGGAGAUUGUGUUGUUCUGUCCCAGCGGCAUUUCAUCGGUCAUCGCGGCUCGACGGGCUGUUGACAGAGACUCUGCAGGCUACCAGGAUUGGACCUUCUCCACUGUGCGUUGCUGGGGGGAGAGGGCUGACGGCCAAUACCGCCUCAAGAUAUCCGACCAUAAGGAACCAUUGUCUCAAAUAUGCGCCAAUGUGGGGAAGUUAGAGCAGUGGAAGUUGACGCUGUAUGGAUCGUCCAUGACUUUCAAGGAGGUCAAGGACAGACAAAUGCUGGUGGAGGAUGCCAUGAGUGGCAAAUAUCUGGACAGCAAUUUCUCCCUGCCUUGCUCUCCAGGCCUUGAUGUACCAUCAGAGGUUAUCAGUCCCUUCACCUCGAGUAGCCUCAGGUUCCUCCUCCUGCUUGGCUGCUUUGCGCUCUUCUGGUCUCUUUACUACAUAAUGGAGGCAGCCAUAGCCCACCUGGACAUUAGAGGCCUCCAAUGUCUGCCCUGGAGGCAAGCGGGUCACAAAGUCAGGAAUGAGCGUGGUGGGAGAGGAGUAGAAGAGGCUUUGGAUGAAGAGAACGGUGGCGAAGAGGAGCGAGAACCUGAGGCAGAGCUGCAUACGGUGCUGGACUCAGAGGCCAAAAUGCCGCUUAUCGAUCGAGAAAUGCUGACCAUGUGACGGAGAGGCUGAAGGUCAGACAAAAGUGCUCUUUGGGUACCUCAGGUUUCCAUUCAAACUUCCUCCAGCCGGUUCACAGAGUUUGUCUUACGGUGUGGUGUCGACUGUUGACUGAACUGUGGAUGACGUUUGCUGUGGAGCUUCAAAUUCGAGGCCUUGUAUGAACAUCUUUUUGAAAUGGGUGUGUCUGUGCAGCCAUCCCUUGCAAAACACUUGGGGGAAAAAAACCAAAAGGUCUCAGUAAAAGAAGAAUUAGCUUACCAUUGUGAGGAAUGUAAUGUAUGCACUUUAUGAAGGUGUGAAUCUGCUGUACAUUUGAGGUUGGGUGUGGGUGUGUGUGUGGGUGUGGGGGGGAGACAAGUGUUAGGUCUUCCUCUGAAGUGGCCUGAAUUUAAAAUUCCACUGUGGUACAGACAUAUUUUAUGAGUAAUAGAUAUUUUUGAUGCAGGAUAAAAUUGCAUUUGACUUGAAAGCCCCAGGAAUAUUUUCUGCGGGUUAUCAACCAACUACUGAAAAACUUGACCUGAAUUUUUCCAUUGUGGAAUAUGCAUUCUAUUUUUUUCUUUUUCUUUUGAGAUUUGCAUAUAUUAUACGCCUUAUACUGUACUGGUAUAAAAUUUGUUUUUUAUACAAAAGUUCAUAUAUAUUUUAGAGUUCUCUUUCUACUGUUGUACAGUUAGAAAGAAGUUGCAAGGUGUGUUUUUUCUGUGCAAGUCACAUAAAUUAUGGAAUAAAGGACAUGAUGGAAUAUCAUCUCAUUUGGAAA